CAAACGGUAUUUUACAAAAAUUUAUACAAAAAAAUUUGUCAAUUGAAAUCAUCGUUAAUUUACCGUUAAAUUACCGCAAAGUCAUUAUUGCCAUUGUUCAUUCUUCUUUUACUAUUAUUUUGGUAGCGUUCUCUUUUUAGUUACGUUUUACGUUAUAUUUUCAUGCGAUUCAGAAGAUCUCAAGAUCUCAGCCUCGAUAAAUUUCAAUUGUUCAUUAUUCCCUGCUAAUUACUUCUCGAUCGCAAUAUUUUCCCAAGCAGUUAAUACGCCCCUGCCGCGGCGCGUCGAAAGUAUCCGAUUCCGUUAGAUCUGAACGCCAUAUUCCGCAGCUAACUUUCAACCAAUAGGAAAACCUGUAUCAGCAAUGCACCUGGGUAACACAGGUAAGAUGUGGACAAGGCAAAGAGCGACCAGGUAGUUGUUCAGGUAUUUCCAGUCGAGCAUGAUCGGCACGUAGAGCUCUUUGCCGAAAGCUUCCCCUCCCUCUCCUUCUAUCUCUUUCUCCUUUUGGGUGUGUGCACAUUGUGAAAAUUUGUAAAUAGAUAAGAACUAAACGAAAAUCGGCCACAAUGCCGUACUACAACAGCGGCCACAGUCCCUCCACUUAUAAAGAUGGAGGAUCCAGUGGGCCAUCGAGCACAUCGGGCGGCCGAGUCAGUAGCUCCGAGCCGACGUACAUGAUGGAGCAUUUGGCCACAUUCACGGUCACGAAGGAAACCGGUAUUGUUUAUCCAGCGGACGGUAUGCGGCGACUUCUGCAGUUGGAGAAGAGUAACGGCAUUUGGAGCCAAAAGAUGCAGCUCCGUCUGGAACGGAACUGGGUCCUGAUCAUGGACAACGAGACAGGGGCCGUCAUGGAGCGAUUCCCAGCCUCGUUGAUACAGGAACCGACCGCAUUCACGUCGAGGGACCCUAUGGAGAUGUAUAACAACAUUCUCGUCUUCACAGUGGCGGAUGACAGCGGUUCCGGUCAGCGAGCAGAGAUGCAUAUAUUCCAGUGUCAAAGCGUCUCGGCCCAGGACCUCGUCGAGGACUUGAAAAUGUUGCAGAUGGGUAAACUGGUGCCUGGUGGUUCACCGAGGGGUCCUAGGGGACGUAUACCUCCGCCACCGACAUUGCCACCGCCGGAACCACCCUUGAACGGGGUGAACGUCCGGGAACAAGUGUCCGCCUUCAACGCUAACAAUGCGGACGGCCAGAACGACAUAUCUCGCGAAGAGAACAACGACGAGGUCUCCUCGACGUCCUCGGAGAAGUACGAACGCGACGUGACGAUCCUCAACCAUUGCUUCGACGACAUCGAGAAGUUUAUCGCGCGUCUGCAGCACGCCGCGGCCGCGUCCAAGGAGCUGGAGCGCCGCAGACGCAACCGGAAGUCGAAGAAGAGAAACCUGGGCGACGGUAUGCUGACGCUAAGGGCGAAACCGCCGCUGGAGAUGGAGUUCAUCGACAUCUUCCAGAAGUUCAAGCUCUCGUUCAACUUGCUGGCCAAGCUCAAGGCCCACAUCCACGAUCCCAACGCCCCCGAGCUAGUCCACUUCCUCUUCACGCCUCUGGCUCUCAUCGUGGACGCGUCCCGCGACACCAACUACGAUCCCAAUCUGCCCAGCAAAGUGGUGUCGCCGUUGUUGACCAGAGAGGCGGUCAAUCUGCUGAUCAACUGCGUGACCAGCAAAGAGACCGAGCUGUGGCACUCUCUGGGCGACACAUGGCUGAUACCGCGCGACCAAUGGAAAGGACACGUGCCACCGUAUCAUCCCAUCUUCGUGGACGGUUGGUCACCCGAGUACCCGAUACCCGAGGACAGAGACCACGAUCAUUUAGCCUCGCUACUAAACGCUGACAAACAAAAGAGGGACGAGCUGCCCGAGCAACAGAACGAUCCUUACUACAAUCACCGGGAGGUGGACGAGUCGCAUUACAGCAGCGAUUACUUGGAAUACGAGAGCAGAGAGGAGCGCGGUGGCAACGAGUACUUCGACAGGAGUUACGGUACCACUUCUGAGCUCUAUGGCAGGGAGGAGAGAGUGGUCGAUCAGACGAGGGCCCACAGCGACAUAUCCGUCGACUCCAUCGAGAGAACACCGAGGGUCGCCGGUAUGGAACGGGCCCAGGAGGCCUGGCUGGACGACCUGAUGGCCAGACACGCGAAGAUCGUGCAGGUCACUUAUCCCCGAACGGCGAACAACGACAAAGAGCUGACGGUCGUCAGGGGCGAGUAUCUGGAGAUACUCGACGACAGCCGGAAGUGGUGGAAGGCGAGGAAUUCCAGGGGCCAGGUAGCGCACGUGCCGCACACCAUCGUCACGCCCCACAAUCCGUCCCAUUCCGGCGAGAACGACGUUUUCAACAAUCCUCUGUACACCAGCCGAUAUCCGCGACAGGGGCACGGCUACAAUUACGAGGAUUCUGAAAUUGAGAGAACCAGCACUAGUCCAGGCCCGGAAGCCACUCAUCGGACACACGCGAUUCCGCCACCGGCGCCUGCAGAUUGGGUGAGGAAAGAGAGACUCGGGAAAAAAGAUGAGUCUACUGAAACGUCACCUACCAGUAGCAAGGUAAUAUCCUCGGUCGGGACCGACACCAACUUAGACACACCACCAACCCCCCUCGUCGAAAAUCGGAAAUUUAUGUUCGAGAACAAAUCAAUCGAGGUAGCUCAAGUUCAUCCACCACCUGCUAACGUGUCUGUGAAGGUGGCUCCUAAAUCAUCAACAUCACCACCACCACCACCGCCUCCACCACCUCCAACUCCAACUCCAACUCUGCAAAGUCAGUCAUCUGUCUCAUCUACCAGCUCAAGCAGAACAGGAACUCAGAAAAGCAACAAGUCUACCUUUGGGCCUCAAAGUCAGGAUCAAAUGCACCAGGAACUGAAAUUCGUCCUGAACAUCUACCGCGAGAAGAAACAAAACGUCAAAGACAUCUCGGGUCCCGACGUUAUUUUGGAUCAAUUUUCAUCUCCCAGUGAAGUGCACAACUGGCUGAUGGUUAAAGGAUUUUCAGAAAAGACUUGCAAACAGUUGAGGGAUAUGACUGGUUCGGAUAUAUUUGAUCUAACUAGACGACAAAUGGAUCACUACUGCGGCGCAGGAGAAGGCUCUAGACUCUACAGCCAAAUUACAUUAUUACGAACUGAAACCGAGAAGAAGAGUUCUCGAAAAUCGGAAUUGAAGGGAAUAUUGGAAAAAGCUCGUCACAGAGCAGAACAAUAGAACGUCUAUAAAAUACUCUCCAUAAAUUAAAGAAACAAAAUAUAAAUGAUAUCAUUCACAG